AUGUCCGAACCCCUUGCUGGUACGCUCGUCAAAUAUUCAGAGAGCAAACUCGCGCUAUUCGAGUCUGGCGAUCUGUCGUCAAAAUCCGUCGUGAUCUUUAUCGGCGGUCUGACAGAUGGGUUGGCAACUGUGGGAUAUGUUCCCGCUUUAUCGAAGAGACUGGAGGCGAAUGGCUGGUCUCUCGCUCAGAUCACACUACAGAGCUCAUAUUACCAGUUCGGAAUGCAUACACUGGAAGACGAUGCUGAUGACAUUGAAGAUGCUGUGGAAUAUCUCAAGACAAAGAGGGGCAAGGAGAAAAUCAUACUCUUCGGGCAUUCUACAGGGUGCCAAGAUGCCAUGUGGUACCUUACGGUUCAUCUAGGCUCACGAGUGAGCGUAGAUGCAGCCAUCCUCCAAGCACCCGUUUCGGAUUACGAUUUCGUCAACCAUGCCGCUUCUCCGGAAAUUCAUAGAUGGGCUGAAGAGGCUAGGCGCAUCACUGAUACCUCAGUGACGAAAGACGAAUGGAUGCCACGCGAGGCGUCAUUGUCUCUCGCGAAUGCGCUUGGAUCUGGCGAGACGCCGUAUACUGCUUACCGGUUCGCAAGUUUGUUUCACCCAAGAGGAGAUGACGAUUUCUUCUCGGAGGGAAUUCCAUCCGAAGAAUUGGCCUUCAAACUCUCCCAAAAGCCCAUGCUACUCUUACUCUGCAACUCAGAUGAGUCAUAUCCACCAACGCUUGCAUCUCGGGAAGCAAAAGAAAAGCUGUUAGAGCGAUGGAUUCGAGCAAGCGAGGGGACGAUUGACAAGCUUAGUACUGUUAUUGAAGGCGCGAACCAUACGGUCGAUGACCCAGAAGCAAGCGAGAGAAUGCUGGACGUUGUGAUUGAGUUCUUGAAAACCGUGGAAUGA